AUGGACCAUAUUCCGUGUGUUGAGAGCCACCUUUGGGAACACAUACGUGUUCCUUUCUUAGGCAACGAAGAAUACGAUGGACUCGGCUUUGCGGACUUCCCCGUCCGCAAAAAAUGGCAAGAUGCAUCCGAUGCGACGCCAGACACAAUUAGACUUGCCGGGCGGUCGGCCCAAGAACAGUCCUCCUUUUUCCAGGCUUGGCUUUUUUUCGGCAUGUUAACAGAGGUUCUUAGUGUCGAAAUUGCGAUUCAAGACUUCGUGGUCGACGGCUUCGUGACGACAAAGAGGCUGCCCCAUUACACAUCCGCGUGGUAUAAGAACGUCCACGCGAUGUCGGAUGAUCAGCGCCACGACUGCUUCAUGAGAUCCGAGCGGAAUCUCUUAGCAGCGCGCGUCUGCCGUUUUUCACUCCUAGACAAAUCCCAGCGACCCGACUGUCUCGUUACGCCCGAGAUCCGCCUGUCCAUCAGCAUCCUCGGCGAGACACUGGGUCAAGUCCAUUAUUCGAUACGGCAAAGCUUCGAAAGCCGAGCCCCCGGAGGAUACAUUGACACUCGUAACAAAUGGGGAUACAACAGGAUGAUCCUGCACAAGCUGCUGCUGGAGCCAAAACAAUGGUGUCCGAACCACAUCGCGUUCUUGGAGAACUAUCCCCCCGCCUCCACGAACAUCCUUCUCUAUUAUGCCGCCUCCUUAGACCGUCCGCGGAUGGGGUAUCAUGGUGACUGCUCUGUUCAUGCGUGUAUGGUGGGGAAGGUCCGCAAUCCGAAAGCAUACAAAACCAGGCACUCCGAUAGCAGCGACCCGCCUUGUGAUGGCCGGUGUCCUGAGAUCGAGCCGACCCAGGCUCACAUACUUGUCAUCCUUGAAGAAGGGGGGUUGCCGCUUCUCAGGGCAUCCGUGUCUGACUACGGCACUGUUAAUGUCGAGGUUAUCAACUACAAGACUGGAAUGGAAUAUACCGCCAUCUCGCACGUCUGGUCAGAUGGUCUAGGCAAUGAAAAUAACAGCUGGCUACCGCAGUGUCAAUUCGCGGCUCUUAUCAAGGCAGUCAACGCUGCACAAAGACAACGAAACACCAGUCAUCGAAACAAUGCCUCGUCAACAGACGUGGAUGGCACCGGGACGACCACGCCAUCUGCAACAUUUUGGAUCGACACAAUCUGCGUCCCGCGUGGUGCCGCAGCUGCUAGAUUUCGGCGCAUGGCUCUUGACCGCAUGGCCAUUCCAUAUCAGCUAGCCACUACCGUUCUAGUUCUCGACGCGGAGCUCUACCACACAGAUCUACCGAGCACGAGCUCUGAAGCGAUUGUCCGACUCAUCUGCAGCAACUGGAUGAGAAGGCUAUGGACGCUCCAGGAGAGUAUCCUCGGUGCAGAGCGGCUCUCCGUCCUUUUCAAAGAGCGAAGGGUGUUUCAUCUAUGGGAGGAGCUGGAGACAUUGCGGAAGGAUCUGUGGGCCCAGCCGUGGGUGCCUAACCCGCUAGUGCCGAUUGCCAUGCGAACGGGCAUCCAGCAGUCUGCAAGAGCGUUGCCUGGAUCGAGUAGCAAGCUGUCGUGGCUGUUCAGGGACAUGAGCUGGCGGUCGACGACGCGGAGAACGGACGAGGCGCUUGUGCUAAGCAACAUGCUCGGCGUCAUACCACCCAACAUGUUCCAGAUCCCGGCUGAGGACCGGAUGCGUGCAGUUAUCGCUGAGCUGCCUGAGUUUCCUCGGCGCGUCAUCUUCGCUCCAGGGCCGAGGUCACCACAGGAAGGGUUCCGAUGGCUUGUUCACUCCUUUUUGGACAAGGCUGCUUUUGGACUGGGCGUCACCGUGGGGAAAAUACGAAACAGAAGAUUCCAUCACAUGGAGACCGAAUGCCCGUGUCUCGAGGUUUCCUAUCCGGGAUAUGUUUUGAGGGCGCCAAAGGAACUCGUCCGCCGGCCGUGGGAUUUCGUCCUUUGCGACCCCUCAACAGACAAGAUCAUACACAUCACUGAGAAGCCAGGGGAAUGGCAAUCGCACCAGCAGUCUACCGAAAAUUUCGGUCGCUCGCUGGAGACAAACCGACCGGGCAGCUCCAUGUCCGACUCACACAGGCUGCUGGGUUUAGUUCUGCAUCAUGACGCUCUUGCUCUGCAUACAAUUCACCGCUAUGCAGCUGUGAUGGAACUUGACCAGACAAUAAAUGGUCCAACUCCCGAGGUUUUGUCCGGAAGGCAUCAAGGGGCUGUUGGCGUAUCCGUGUAUAAAACAGGACAGAGCCGGGAGAUGGAUAGAAGGCUGUGCGACCACCACGAUCCUAUACUCAUUGAUUUUUUCGUUCCGCAAGGCUCUUUGGGCAAACCAAAUCGCCCCAACGGAGGUACCGCCAAUCAUAGCGACUGGGUAUGA